AACACCCAAUGUGGGUCAAAGUUUUCAAAGUUGACUAGUGAACAAAAACUCGAACCCCUCCGCUGAAGAAGCUCAGACCAGUAAUGGUGAAAGCAGUGAUCGGAGAGGAAACCCAGCUCAAACUAGCCGAGGCUCGCCUCGAGCAAUCCUCUUCUACCCCCGCCCAGGUGGGGCUCGUCAUAGGCAAGCUCAGCUCUACCCUCGACCGAGGCUUCGUCUUUGAUUUGGUCCCGACUCCGCCUAACGACGCCGGAGCUCCGCCUUGUUCCCUCGUCGAGCCCGACAAGAGAAAGGGGCUCAAGCCCAAAUCUCAGUCCUCUGAUUCCCACUCUCUCUCAAUUGACAAGGAUUGGGUCGCCGAACAUGCUCGUCAGGUGUCAAGAAUGUUGGUGGGCGGCAUGAAGGUGGUUGGGAUUUACAUUUGGAUCAGCGAUAAUGCAUUCAAGAAUUCAAACAUUGUGCUUUGCCAGACUGUAAUGGGAGUUGCCAAAGCUGCGCCGCUCUCUGAGAGUGAUUGGGAUGAGAGACUUCUUAUUCACAUUUGCUAUAGUCCAAGGAGAUGGACAUGUCGAAAUUGUAUGGUGACUUCAAAUAUUACAUCAAGCAGCCUAAGACCUUGUGACUUCAAAAUGGGAAGGGUCCUAACUUCCCUUCAAAGAUUUAGGUGCAUGUACAACUUCGAUAUUAGGUUACCUAUAUCUCACAAGAAUUCAUCAAAUGUUCAGACUAUGAGUGAAGCUCUUCGUCAUGAAAUUUCAGUUCAUGCUAAAUAUUUAAAAAGUGCAAAAGCCAUGCUGGAUGGAAAUUUGGUUGUACACAAUGAUCUAUCCACAUCAGAUGGUUUGCAUGAAGUAGAAUUGCUGUUACCAUUUGUGGAAGAUACUGAAGUAUGCAGCCAAAAAGAUGCUCUUGGUGUUCUUGCUUUUAGAGGUUCUGUUUGUUCCUUUGCAUACUUAAAUAUUCGAGAACCAAUUUCACAAGCUGUUGCUGAUAUAAAGGUAUGGCUAAGUAGGGUUUGGGAGCAAAAUUUCUCUCACAUGCAUAUUGGUUUCAGCUGUCAAUCAAAAGGGGAUGAUAUUAUCACAAGUCUGCAAAGUAGACUAGAUAUCAUCUGUGAUGAGGCAGAUGGAGAGACAGGUCCAAUUGACACUGGCAUCGAGAAAGCAAGAGAUGAUGCUGAUAGCCAGGAAGUAGGAGAUGGGAUAUCCAGUGGGACACCCGUAUCCCAAAUUGUACUUCAAUCAUUAAGAAAAGCAUGCGGUCUUUCACUUCCUCGUCGAGUCUUUAUUCCUUGGUUGGCUGGCACAUUUGUGUGUGACUACCUACAACCAUCGGAGACAUUUGAGGUUCUAAAAGAUCGUUGCGUGGAGUUGUUAUCUAUGGAAGUUCCAACAGAUGCCUCAAAAAUCUUGGAACCAGAAAGAGAAGCCCCCUCUGCAGUCACCGAAUCCUUUUGGGAUGUGGCGGUGCCUCUUUCCACAGCAUCUGGCUCCUGUUUGGAAAAGGGUGGACUUGACACAUCAAGGGGUGAAAGUAGCCAAAAAUCAACCGACACCACUGAUGCCAAAAUCACUCCUAGCAUCAUAGCUGCUGCUGUAUUCCUUAUCGUGGCUAUCAUUGUAGGAUACAUUCUAGUAUCUGUCAAGUCAUAGGUCAAUCGAAGCCUUGGUUGUUCAAAUUUGGUAACCAUUUGUUAUCCUAUGAAAGUGAUUAAUUUCUUUUUACUGAGAACUGUAGUGAGUAGCCUUGCAUAAAUGAUACUAGCAAAACACACUCGAUGGGUGUGAAUAAUUAAUUAAAUGGAUGUGAGAAACUUUAUCAAAAAAAGUGGGAGUUGUUACAAAUAGUGGAAAGUUUUUUCAUGAGUGAAAUGCACAUGGUGGAAAUUAACAUUACA